AGAGAUAAAAAAGAAAUGCUCUGAAGAAAGUUUGGGUGCAGCAGGGAUCACAGCGGAGGCCUGAGGUGUAGCCGCUGGGCUCAACAGAGUAAUGGCUGUUCAGACUGCAAUCAUGAACCCUCAGUUCAUGAAUUUCUGCUUCCCGGGUUCGGUGAUGGAGUAUGACGUGGAGAAAAGUCUGGACGGAAAUCUCCUUGGAGAGGCAGAAAAUGAUGAGGACUACAAAGAGACCACCAGGGACCUGCUGAGCUUCAUAGACUCAGCCUCCAGCAACAUCAAGCUGGCUCUGGACAAGCCGGUGAAAUCUAAGAGGAAAGUCAACCACCGGAAGUAUCUCCAGAAGCAGAUUAAAAGGUGCACCGGCAUUAUAACACCAGGGAACGUAGCAGAGGCUCCAGUUAAAAGACAGGGUUCCCCCUUGGCUCAGCCCAGCCCUUUGCAGAGCAAAACGCUGCCUAAGAGGGACGGGGUCCAGGCCAACUUACAGAGCAAGAGCUUGGCAGCCCUCUUCAGCCCUGUGAAGGAUGUAAGGGGGGAGAAAGCCAAGAAACCACCCCUGAGGCAUCGCAAUCUGCCCCCCUCUUUCUUCACCGAGCCUGCCAACUGUUCCAAAGUCAGCUCCACAUCUGGGAUGACGCUUAAGGACUUGGAGCGAGGAAAUCCUGAGGCUGCAGAGUUCUUUGAGCUCCUGGGGCCUGAUUACAGCAACAUGGUCAGUGACCAGGACCUUUAUCAAAGCAUGCCUCAGCGGGCGCAGCCAGAGAUGGGAGGCCCUGAUCCCGCCGCCGCUGCUGCUGCCUAUGAUGCUCAUCAUUUGGUCGGUGGCCUCCUCUACUCUGAGCCCUGGACUAGCUGCUCAGGACCCUCUAAGAAAGUCGGAGGCAGUCUGCGUUCAGGCCCGACCCAGCCCCCCGUCUACUGCCCCUCUGAGGCUGCUGGAGCCGUAGAGGACAACGCACUGUGCACUUUGGCCUUCCCCAACUUCUUCACAGACUGCUCCAUACCUCAGGUCUCUUAUGAUUUAAGCGGCGGUUACAACAGAGCAAAUUAUUCAUCUCUAUGAGAAACUCUUGUGUAGUUUGGAGUCCCGAAGGAGGAAGUUUAACACUAGAGUCUGAGAGUUUGAUAUUCCUGUGUCUUUGUGUGUAAAUGGAUUGAAACAGUUUGUCUCUUUUUCAUUCAAAGGAAAUGUCCAAAGCUUUUUUAGUUAGCUGGAUACUUCAACCUGUAACAUCCCAGAUUCAUCUACUUCUCUGUUUAACACCUGGUAUGAUCAUGUUUAUCUCUUCAUUCACACCUGAUUUUGGUCGUCUGCUCUUUAGGAUGUGUUCACACAGACAUUUCAAUCCAUCACUUUCUUUUAAAAACACUCACACAAGUUGCAGACAUAAUUUUCUGACUGCUACUAAACAUCUUUUUGUUUUUUGUUUUUGCUAUAGAAUAAUAUCAUAGUGCUAUUUGUCACAUCUGACAAUAUAUGCUGCAACAACAAUCUCUGGGUGAGGCACUUUUUUUUGUAGUCCUGUGCAGAGACAUCACAGGGAAACUAUUUUGCUGAAAUAAUGAUCUCAAAAAUGUGAGAUGCCAUGUUUGUUUCACCGCAUUUUACAGCUCAAAAUGGGUUUUCAGCUGUCAGAGUUUUAUCUCUUGUAUCCAUUUUGUUGGAAAAGCCUUUAAUGUAUCUAUUGUAAGAGGAAAAAUAAAGCUGGCCUUUAUUAUUACUGUGCA